CUUUCUCCUUUACUUUACUCCUUCUGCCAUCACACAGCAUUGUCUGUGCUCUGACGCGGCUCCUUGAAUGUCGUUGGAGCUCGACUGGUCCCUCCUGGACGGGGAAUUGGCUCAGUCCCUCCUGGCCAAGCUCAAUAGAUCCCUCUCCGCGGCAGCUCGACCGGACUUCAUUGGGCCGAUCUCCCUCACCUCCCUGGAUUUCGGCAACGAUCCGCCAGAUGUCAGCCUCACCCAGAUAGGAGACGUAUGGAGGCAAUUCAUAGACAUACAGGGGCAGACGGCCAAGGAAGGAGCUACGCGCAGGAACGCUCAGCCAGGAGCUACAUCAACAAUGAUGGAAGAUGGAGACAUCACCCUUCCAGGCGAAGAGUACAUGAGGCCAAGUCAGCACCUCAGCAAGCUCGCAGAGCACAACAAUCCCUUUUCAGGCCAAGGAACCACCGCCCCUCGCCUUCAGACAUUCCGCCAGUACUCCACUAGCGAGCUGCAGCAAGUGCACGGCGGGGGAGGGUCGAUGGCUAGCUUUCCCGCAUCGAUCCCCAAUUGGGCCAAUGGCUCAGCCUCGGUCUCGAAUAGUGGACUGAAUACCCCAGCAUGGGGAGCCGGCCUCGGUAACAGAGGACUGCUAGGCGGAAACCACAAUGGAUCCGGGUAUUUUCCUUCGUGGCAGACGCCCACUCCACCCUCUCACUCUCGUCCCGAAGUGAGGAGGUCGUCCAGCUUCGCACCCACUCAUGCUGGCUUCUCUUCUGGUCGCGACGGACGCUCCCCUGCAGAAUGGGACCAUGGCAUGGGCGAAGACUCCUCAGACAAUCCUCCGGCGUCUGCCAUCCCUGAUCUGCAGAUGCAGUUCUCAGUCGUAUGGUCUACGAACACGCUCAAGCUCGGUAUCAGUACCUCCUUACUCGUCAACCAUCCGACGCCAGCUUUUAUGGAGCUGCCACUGAGUGUUUCAGUGAUAGGUCUUGGUGUCCAGGCUGGCUGUGUGGUAGCUUUCGAGGAAGGAGAUGGCAGAGGGAGGAAAGUGCACUUGUCGCUCGUGGAAGACGACUCAACUGAGAGUGAAGUAGGGGAGAGCCCACAGGGCGUCUCGGGAACGAAGACUGCCGGCCACAAGUCAACGCUUCCUGCAACAUUGAACAAUGGUAUGGGUAGCCGGUAUGAAGGGCUGAACCAGCCCCAUCAGCAGAUGCAGCCACCUCAGCGACCUCCCACUUUGGGUGAGCGCCUCAUCCCUCAAAUCACUCUUGAGUCCUCGGUCGGUCAAGCAGACAAACAUGUUCUCAGAAAUGUCGGAAAGGUCGAGAAGUUCCUCAUUGAAUUGAUUCGUAAGGCUGUCGAGGACGAGCUCGUCUGGCCCAACUUUUAUACCAUUGCUCUGCCUUCCUGAGCUUUCCGAUGUUACACCAUUCUCUUUCCUGUGAUCAACACUAUGUACUUCUAGUCAUCAAGCUCAAAAGCAUAGAUCUGCCUGCC